AUGUCUUCCAACCAAAUCGUGAAGGUUGGUAUUAUCGGCUGCGGUCUGGUCACUCAGGUGGUUCAUAUCCCGACUCUGGGAUUCCUAUCAGACUAUUUUAACAUCACUUUUCUCUGCGAUGUGUCUCCAGCCGCCCUCGAACACAGUGCCAAGAAAGUCAUCAAUCACGUCCCGCAGACCACACAGGAUGCAAGUGAACUAUGUGCCUCGCCAAAUGUCGACGUGGUAUUGUUGGCCAAUCCAGAUGAGUACCAUGCUGUCCACGCCAUAGAGGCAUUGAAACAUGACAAGCAUGUUCUUAUCGAGAAGCCGAUGGCCUUGUGCGAGCGUGAUGCAGAUGCCAUCAUUGCUGCCGAGGGGAACUCCAAAGGUAAGGUCAUGAUCGGUUAUAUGCGAAGGUAUGCGCCUGCUUUCGAGGACCUGGUCAACGAGGUUGGUGGCAUGGAGAAGAUCACCUAUGCUCGGGUCAGAGACAUCAUUGGACCAAACAGCCACUUUGUCUCCCAGUCCGCUAUGUUCCCCAAGGCAUUCAUCGACUUCAGCACUGAGGCCGUUGAUGACCUGAAAUCGAAACAGGAUGAUAUCAUCAACCAAGCGCUAGCAGUAGAAUGUGGGAUACCCGUGACACCAGAGGCCACAAAAGCGUGGCGUUUUCUUGGAGGUCUUGGAUCUCAUGACUUGUCAGCCAUGCGUGAAGCACUUGGAAUGCCGCAGAAAGUGGUUGGUGCUUCGCUGGGACCUAUCUGGAAGUAUGAUGCGCCUCGAUGGUUGUCCGCCCUCAAACUAAUCACAUUUACUAGUGUCAUAUUCGAGUAUCCUGGGUUUUCCGUGACUUAUGAAACUGGAAUCGAUGAUAUCCCAAGAUUCGAUGCCCAUGUCGAGGUGUACAGCAAACAAAAGUCUGUCCGCGUGUGCUACGACACUCCCUUUGUCAAGGGUCUACCCAUCAAUCUUUUGAUCCGCGAGAACUUGGAUGGGACUUACAGAGAGUCCAUCGUACGCAAGACGUAUGAAGAUCCGUAUACGGUAGAGUUCAAGAAGUUAUACGACAUGGUGGUGAACAGGAAGGCCGUGAAAACGACAGCCAAGGAUGCGAAAGAGGAUCUGAAAAUCUUCCAGAUGAUCAUGAAGGCAGGGGUGAGACCUGGUGGCCAGUGA